AUGUCCAUCGUUUUCGUAUUUCCCAAUGCAGUAAAUUCUAAAUCAACCGCCAAAUGCGAAGCUUUGUUGAUCUUUGCAACGAUCUCUGGAAAAUAUUUAUCAAAAUUUAAGUUGAAGGGCAACAAUACUAGCAGUAAUACACCCGAAAAGGAAAAACCUACAAAAAAUGAAAGUGUACCCAUCUUGAAAUUGUUUCAAUUCGCUACACGACGUGAUUUGAUCCUGAUUCUGAUUGCUGGACUAACAUCAUGUACAACAGGCGCUAUUCAACCUAUAUCAAUCUUAUUCUUUGGUAACGUUUUAAAAAGUAUGGGAGAAGCAGUCGUACUUCAUCAAGAUUUAAUGGAAAAGACUUUACCCAUCAUCUUGCUUUACAUUUAUAUGGGAACCGGAGUCAUGGCAGCUGCUUAUAUCUCCAACUGUCUUUGGAUUCUGACAGGAGAGUAUCAAACAAGGCGCAUUCGACAGCUUUAUGUUCAUGCUAUUUUAAGACAAGACAUGAGUUGGUUUGAUAAAUCUGAAGAAGGUUCAUUGACCACAAGAUUGGCCUCGGAUAUCACCUUGAUUCAAGAUGGAAUAUCUGAAAAGUUUGGUCAAUUUCUCAUGUGUUUUUCCCAGUUUGUUGCAGGUUGUUCAGUUGCUUUUAGCAAAGGGUGGCGUUUAGCUAUUGUCAUGACAGCUGUAACACCUGCUAUUGCUCUUACAGGCGGUGUCAUGGGUAUUCUUGUCACAAAGUACACCAUGGAAGCACAAAACGCUUAUGCCGAUGCUGGUUCAGUAUCCGAACAAGUCUUUGCGGGUAUUCGUACAGUUUAUUCCUUUUCUCUUCAAAACAGAUUUUCUACAAGAUAUGAUGACAAGUUGGAUAAGGCUAUGAAAUCCGGUAUGAAACGUGGCAUAAUUCUCGGUUGUGGUCUCGGUACUUUUAUGUUCAUGUUAUUUGGCAUGUAUGGUCUUUCUUUUUGGUAUGGAUCUGGUCUUGUUCACCAACACAAGAUGGAUGGUUCUACUGUCUUGGUGGUCUUUUUAUCCAUGAUGAUUGGCGAAUUCUCCUUGUUACAGAUGCCUACCAAUCUAGCCGCUGUCUCCGGUGCCUCCGCUGCUGCUUUUAAAAUCUUUUCUACCAUCAACCGUAUCCCUGAUAUUGAUUCCACAAGUCCUCUUGGAGAAAAACCUGCUCAAGUGUUGGGUGAUAUCGAAUUUUUAAAUGUCAAAUUUAGAUAUCCAACUCGUCCUGAUACUGUUGUUUUAAAAAAUUUGAAUUUAAAGAUCAAGCCAGGUAUGACUGUAGCCUUUGUAGGUCCCUCGGGUUCUGGUAAAUCUACCAGCGUUUCGUUAUUGCAACGUUUUUAUGACCCACUCUCUGGUACAAUCACAUUGGAUGGCAGAAACCUUAAAGAUUUAAAUGUCAAAUGGCUUCGUGAAAAAAUCGGUGUGGUUUCUCAAGAACCUGUCCUGUUUAAUACCAGUAUCAAGCAAAAUUUAAUGAUGGGUAGCUCCAAUUCCAAUAUCAGUCAAGAAGAAAUUGUUGCGGCUUGUAAAAAAGCGAAUUGUCAUAGUUUUAUCAAGCAACUUCCCAACGGCUAUGAUACGCUAGUGGGUGAACACGGUGGUAUGCUAUCAGGUGGUCAAAAGCAGCGUAUUGCUAUUGCCAGAGCUAUUUUAAAAAAUCCUGCCAUUUUAUUGUUGGAUGAGGCUACUUCUGCCUUGGAUACCCAAUCCGAACGUCUUGUUCAAAAGGCCUUAGAUGAAGCUUCUGCAAAUCGUACUACCGUUAUCAUUGCACAUCGUCUUUCUACUGUUCGAAAUGCUGAUCUUAUUGUUGUGAUGGAGCAUGGUGAUCUUGUGGAACAAGGCACACAUAACGAGCUUAUUGCCAAAGGUGGGAUUUAUUCUGAACUCGUGAAAAAACAACAAAUUGAUACCGUAGACAAGACAGCCAUCAUAACAGAAGAAGAUGACGAAGUUUUAUUACGCAAAGAAGCAAUUGAAGUCAAUCGAAAAAGUUGUAUUGAAAUGGCCAGAGCUUCUGAUCAUUCUACUAUUGCUAACGUAGUCCGAAAAAGUGGCCGCAUGUCUGUUAUUGAUGGGUUUGAAGCGAAAAAGAGAAGAGAGGCUCUCGAAAAAAAGGCAGCUAAAAAAAUGAAGGCUCCCGUCUUUAAGGUGUUUAAACAGAUGCGUCCACAAUGGGGUUGGAUGGCCUUGGGCUGUCUAGGUGCUUGCAUUGCUGGUGCUGUUUUUCCACUGUAUGCUCUGUUCUUUGCAAAAGUCAUUACUUUACUGAAUGAAAAUAACGAUCGUUAUUAUGGUCCCCUAGAAGGCCCAAACUUGUAUUCCUUCUUGUUUGUUGUUUUAGGACUGUUUGCAUUCCUCGGGUUUUCCUUGCAAGUUAUUUCUUUUGAAGUGGCAGGUGCAAAAUAUACAAGAUUUUUACGCAGUAAAUUGUUCAAGGCCUAUAUGAAGCAGGAAAUCGGAUUUUUUGAUCAAGAUGAAAACAAUGUUGGUUCUCUAACUUCGAAACUUGCUGUCGACGCUAAAUGUGUGAAUGAAUUAGUGACAAAAGUUUGGGGUGAUGUUGUGCAGAUUAUUGUUACAUCAAGUAUUGGUUUGGCUAUUGCUUUUAUGCAUAGUUGGAGAUUGACAUUGAUUAUUUUAUGUAUGGCACCACUAAUUAUUGGUGCAUCCGGUUGGAAUUCUAAGGUUCAACAAGAGUUUGAAAAUAAUACAAAAGACAAUGGUAAUGAAACAGCUGAAGUGGCUAAUGAAGCGAUUAAACAGAUCCGUACCGUCAGUGCAUUGAAUAAGCAAGUUUAUUUUGAAGACAAGUAUUAUCAUGCUACUGAAGGAAUGCAUCGUUUAGCCAAAAGAAGAGCCUAUACUUCUUCCAUUGGUUUUGCUCUUUUACAAGCCACUUCCUUAUACACAAAUGCUGUCGGAUUCUAUGCCGGUGUCCGCUUAAUUAUGCAAGAUAAAAUCACAUUAAAUGAAAUGGUCAUUACCAUGAUGUCCAUUAUGAUCAUGGCCGAUAGUGUUGGAAGAAGUAGUGUCUUUAUCACCACAUUUGUUAAGGCUAAAAUAUCCGCAGUGGCAGUCUUUCAAGCUUUGGGUCGUGAGCCCAAGAUUGACCCUGAUCUCGAGGGAAUUGAACCAGCUCAUUCUGAUAUUGAUGGCGCCAUUGAUUUCAGUAACGUUAGCUUUAGAUAUCCUGCCAGACCCGAUGUUCCUAUCUUUAGUGGCGAGUUUAAUCUUAAGGGUAAAAAAGGACAAACUAUUGCUCUGGUAGGUCCAUCUGGUUGUGGUAAAUCCACAACAAUUGGUAUGCUGCAACGUUGGUAUGAUCCUUUAAGCGGUACUGUGCGUGUAGAUAACCAUAAUGUCAAGUCAUUCUCCUUGAAGAAUUUACGUAGUCACAUGGCUCUUGUAGGACAAGAACCUGUUUUGUUCGAUUUAACCAUUGGUGAUAAUAUUCGAUUUGGUGUAGACGAUGCCGAAAGUGUGAACCAAGACCAAGUGGAAGAAGCUUGUAAAGCAGCGAAUAUCCAUAAAUUCAUAACCAGUCUACCGGAGGGGUAUGCAACACGUGUUGGUGAUAAAGGGUCUCAAUUAUCAGGAGGACAAAAACAACGUAUUGCUAUUGCCCGAGCUUUGAUUCGUCAACCCAAGAUUUUGUUGUUGGAUGAAGCAACGUCUGCCCUUGAUAGUGAAAGUGAAAAACUGGUGCAAUUGGCUUUAGACAAGAUUCUCGAACAGGGAGGCAGAACAACGAUUACCAUUGCUCAUCGAUUGUCAACUAUUACCAGUGCUGAUCUAAUUUGCGUUAUAAAAGACGGUCGUGUAAUUGAACAAGGCAGUCAUUGGGAGCUAUUGAAACUGAAUGGUGUUUAUACUAGCUUGGUGAAUCAACAAUCGCUAAACGUCACAUAA